AUUAAACUUAUUAUGAAAUGCAUUGAAAAAACAUUGAAUUAAUGAUUGAAUUGAUUUCUGAAGACAUUUAAUAUGUUUUUGGUGUGAAAUAAAUGCCACAAAAUGUCUGAUAGUAUAUACCCGGGAGACAAGAACCCGUUUGAAGGACAAGACAUCGACUUAUAUCGCAUGAGUUCCACAAGUGAUCACAACUUAAGCCACACUCAGCGGCGAAGAGUUGAUUUCAAUGUCACCCAAAAGCCCACCACUUCUUCUUCCGCUCCCGACUUUACGCCUCCCAACAGAUCCAUACCAUCCAUACCUCAAGUCUUGCCAAUGAGUGAUAUAUCGGAUCGCGAGAUGAAGAUAGCGGUAGUUGUCUUGGAUUCGGUGAAUGUCGUCACUCAUCACCUCUUAAUGCAUCCGUUUCUUGUGAUUCGACGACAAACUCAAGUGAGCCUCCGGAGCAAAGUAUACCACUUGACGCCAUUCACUGUCAUUGGAUUCGUUGUCGGCAUUCAAUCCAAACAAGGCUUUGGAGUUCUUUGGAAAGGAAUCGCAAGUGUUUUUCUCACGAAAGCCAUUCAAAUAGGCUUUGAGUCCAUAAUCACUGAAUUGACUCCAUUUGUCAGAGAUAUGAGUGACAAGAGAAUGAGUGUUGAGACGGGCUUUCAUCACCUGAUCCUCAAGGGAUUGGCGAUAGUAUUGGUCACACCAUUCCUGUGCUCGAGUUGUGCGGAAACAGUUCAGAGUGCGAUCGCCACCGAAAACCCCGGGCUUUUCGACUCGGUUUGGGAGGGCUUUCGGCGAAUCACUCACUGGAAUAUCGAUCGAAAG